CACCAAGAACAUGAAGCUUGCUGAUGAUGUUGAUCUGGAGCAGGUGGCGAAUGAAACCCAUGGCCAUGUGGGUGCUGAUCUGGCCGCCCUUUGCUCCGAGGCUGCUCUGCAAGCCAUCCGUAAGAAAAUGGACCUCAUCGAUCUGGAGGAUGAGACCAUCGACGCAGAGGUUAUGAACUCCUUGGCUGUUACAAUGGAUGACUUCAGGUGGGCUCUUAGCCAGAGCAACCCCUCUGCCCUGAGAGAGACCGUAGUGGAGGUGCCCAACAUCACCUGGGAGGAUAUUGGUGGCCUUGACGAUGUCAAGAGAGAGCUGCAGGAGCUGGUGCAGUACCCAGUGGAACAUCCAGACAAAUUCCUUAAGUUUGGCAUGACCCCAUCCAAGGGUGUGCUGUUUUAUGGACCACCAGGUUGUGGUAAAACCCUACUGGCCAAGGCCAUUGCCAAUGAUGCCAGGCAACUUCAUCUCAAUCAAGGCCCAGAACUGCUCACUAUGUGGUUUGGAGAAUCAGAGGCUAAUGUCCGUGAAAUCUUUGAUAAGGCUCGUCAAGCUGCUCCUUGUGUACUCUUCUUUGAUGAAUUGGACUCCAUUGCUAAAGCUCGUGGUGGAAACGUUGGUGAUGGUGGUGGAGCAGCUGACAGAGUCAUUAACCAGAUCCUUACAGAAAUGGAUGGUAUGUCCAGCAAGAAGAACGUCUUCAUCAUUGGGGCCACCAACAGACCAGACAUCAUUGAUCCUGCCAUCCUCAGGCCUGGCCGACUGGACCAGCUUAUCUACAUCCCACUGCCUGAUGAGAAGUCUCGCAUUUCCAUUCUCAAAGCGAAUCUCAGGAAGUCGCCAAUCUCAAAGGACGUGGACGUGGACUUCUUGGCCAAGAUGACCAAUGGCUUUUCAGGUGCUGAUUUGACCGAGAUCUGUCAGAGGGCCUGUAAACUGGCCAUCCGUGAGUCCAUUGAAAAUGAGAUCAGACGGGAACGCGAGAGGCAGACCAACCCUUCUGCAAUGGAAGUGGAGGAGGAUGACCCUGUGCCUGAGAUUAGGAAGGACCAUUUUGAGGAGGCCAUGCGCUUUGCCCGCCGCUCUGUCAGUGAUAACGACAUCCGCAAAUAUGAGAUGUUCGCACAGACCCUGCAGCAAAGCAGAGGCUUUGGCAGUUUCAGAUUCCCAUCCAGUAACCAAGGUGGAAGUGGACCAAGUCAGAGCUCCUCUGGUGGUGGCGGAGGCACAGUCUUCAAUGAGGACAACGAUGAUGAUCUUUAUGGAUAAAUGUGACCACGUGGCUGACCCUCACAGGCCACUCUUCGUACAGGCCUCUGUGUACAAAAGACGAAAAAUAAAAAUUCCAAGUUUUUAGGACUGUGCUUUUUGUUUCUGAUUUUCCGCUUCUCCUUUCAAGUCCACUGCCCUUGUUUUUUAUUCGCCUCGUUCCCCUUCUGUCCACCCCCGUCUGUUAAUAGAGAAAAGCAUGUAGCUGCUUGUGUUUUGCUCUGGUUUGUGAAAGGAUGAUUUCUGAGAACUUUGAUCUUAACAUUCUGUGGGUGGGGGUGAAUUUCAGUAAAAAACCAUACACAAUAGGGAUUUCAUUAACUUCACAAGCUAUACGAACAGCUUUAGUGGUGGGGUUUAAUGCUAGGCUGUUGGAAGGAUGAUAAAAAAUAAAAUAAAAUUUAAAAAAAAUU